AUGCGGGGGUUCUUGAAGGUUGCUGGCGCAGCAUGCGUGCUCGGCCAGCUCGCGGACGCGGCUGUCAAGAUCAACUUUGACCAAGACCAGUCCAUCAAGGAUGGUGCGAGCACAAUAGCCUUCGGCUUGUUGAAGUUCUACACAGGAAACAACACUGGCGACACACCGGGCAACUUGCCAGACCCGUACUUCUGGUGGGAGGCUGGAGCGAUGUUCGGCACAAUGGUGGAUUACUGGCGCCUUACAGGAGACGAUACAUACAACGCAGUAACAACACAAGCACUACUUCACCAAGCAGGCGAUGAUGCCGACUUUAUGCCAAGGAACCAGACGAGAACGGAAGGAAACGACGACCAAGGAUUCUGGGCUAUGGCGGCAAUGAGUGCGGCGGAAAACAAUUUCCCGAACCCUCCGUCAGACAAGCCUCAAUGGCUGGCGCUCGCCCAGGCUACCUUCAACCAAUAUGUUAGCCGCUGGGAUAUGGAGACUUGUGGCGGUGGAUUGCGGUGGCAGAUCUUCACGUUCAACAACGGUUUCAACUACAAAAACUCGAUUUCGAACGGAUGCUUUUUCAACAUUGCAGCUCGGCUGGCGCGAUUUACUGGCAACCAGACGUAUGCGGACUGGGCGGAGAAGAUUUGGGAUUGGGAGACGAGCGUCGGCCUGAUCACGCCCGAAUUCAAGAUUUACGACGGCGCCACGGUCGACAACGGGAUGAACUGCAAGGAUAUCGACACGAUCCAGUGGUCGUACAAUGCGGGCAUCUUCCUGCACGGUGCCGCGACCAUGUACAACUUAACCCAGGACAAGAAGUGGUUGACGCGAACCGAGGGCGUCCUGACCGAAGCAACGACCCUAUUCUUCAACCAGACCGCCAUGUUUGAGCAGGCCUGCGAGGCAUUCAAGCUAUGCGACCAGGACCAGCAAAGUUUCAAGGGGUACUUCACGAGGUGGAUGGCCGGAACGGCGCAGGUGGUGCCCUCCCUGUUUGACAAGAUCAUGGGCCUGCUCAGGCCCAGCGCGGAGCUCGCCAUUGCUGCGUGCAACGGCUCGCCGGCUACGGGCUAUAAGGGACAACCGGGCACGGCGUGCGGCUUUCAAUGGGUGCCCAAGGGCCAGUUCGACGGCCAGGUCGGCGUGGGCGCGCAGAUGAACGCGCUCGAUGCUGCCAUGUAUAUGCUCGUGAAGAAGGCGGACACGAAGACGGCGCCGGUGACAGCGGACACGGGCGGUACGUCGGUGGGUAACGCCAAUGCCGGCAUGAGCUCGCAGCCCAAGAUCCCUACGUUGCCGCCGAUCGAGACCAAGGAUAAGGUGGCUGCUGGAUUCGCUACGACGGCCAUCACUUUGAGUAUCGUAGCCGGGUGCUUUUUCAUCAUGAAAUGA